AUGUCUGAUCCCAGCGAGCAAUCUUCGGAGUCCAUGCCCGGACAGGAUAACGGCUUGAAGCCAUUGUCGAACGCGGACGACUUGUCACUCGGCAAUGCUAGCAACAGCGAGCUCUCUCGUAUCAUGAGCCGCGCGGGUAUUGCACUGGCCAAUGGGUUCCCGCUUGAUGAUGACGAAGACGAGGAGGAGGAAGUGGAGGGAGAUUAUGUCGCAGUCGAUCAGGAAGAGGACGCCAACGAUUUCCCAUACUGGUUCCGCCGACCCCCAACACACCACCGCACCAAGCUUGAUGAACUGCACCCUUUCGUCCAGCUUCUUUCCGCGUCCAACGUGGAUGACUGCAUGACCGUGGAGAAUGCUUUCCCAGAACAGGAGCGUUGCUCGCGUGACAAGUUCAUCUACCGUCUUUCCAGGUGCCCUGAGCUAAGCCUGGGCCUUUUCACUUUGCCUCUCUACGGGGAUGACCCCAAGCCUCGGGCUACCCUCGUUGGACAUAUCAUUGCCACCCGCACCUCGUCGCCUAGCGUGACAGAUCGAUCAAUGCGCUUACCCAACAACUGGCAAAGUGAGCGCUGGACAUUUGAAGACGAUCAGGCGGUUGGCCAUGAAGAGGGCGGUAGCACUAUUGCCAUUCAUUCGCUGGCUGUGCUACCUGAGCACCAAGGCAAGCAGGUCGGUAGCACGUUGAUGAAGUCGUAUAUUCACCGCAUCCGGGAGGCUCAGAUUGCCGAUCGGAUUGCGAUUAUCGCCCAUGACCACUUGGUCCCCUUCUAUGAAUCAUUUGGCUUUGAAAACCGUGGCCUCAGCAAGUGCCAAUUCGGUGGUGGUGGAUGGGUGGAUCUGGUCUUGGAGUUUGGCAAUGAGCCCGAGUCCAGCUAA